AUGGAUUGUUACACAUGGAAAGCAAUUGAUGCAGACAACAAUGUGUUUUAUAAAAUCAACCUCUGUUAUGGUGUACCUGAGUGCGGAAAAUCAAGUGCAGUCUGUGCAUAUGACAUCAAUAAGAAGACUCAYGUGUCAGUAGGUGACUUGGGCUUGCAAAAAGCUUCUAAAAGUCUUCUGGAAUUCAGUACUACACAUGACUGCUUGCAGCAAGGGAGUCAGCACCAAAUUCAAAGCAACAUUAACUUCCUGUGUGGGAAGACACUGGGUACUCCUGAACUUGUAACAGCAACAGAGUGCGUGCACUAUUUUGAAUGGAGGACCUUUGUAGCUUGUAAGAGAGACUUGUUUAAGCCUGUGAAAGAGGUGCCUUGCUAUGUGUUUGAUGAAGAUUUGAAGAAACAUGACUUGAAUCCUCUGAUCAAAAUUUCAGGAAGUUAUUUGGUGGAUGAUUCUGAUGAUGAUUCCUUGUUUAUAAACCUCUGCAGGGACUUAGGACGUUCAAGUGAAGAGACGAGCAGCUGUCCUGCUGGCAGUGCUGCUUGCUUGUUACGCCAAGGUCGUGCCUAUGAUGUUGGUCGUCCUCAGGAACAACUGGAACUUCAUAACAAAGACAGGCUGGUACUGAGUUAUGAGAGAAUAUACAGUGAUGAAGAGAGGCCAGACUUCUGCCUUGGCCAUAACCCAGCAGUGACCAUCACUUUUGUUUGCCCAUCAAAGAGGGGAGAAGAGAGUGCAGGGCCCAAACUCACAGCAAAAACAAAUUGCCGAUAUGAAAUUGAGUGGGUUACUGAGUAUGCCUGUCACAGGGAUUAUCUGGAGAGUAGGAACUGUCUUCUCACUAAUGAACAGCACGAUAUCUCCAUAGACUUGAGACCACUUACUCUACCUUCAGGAUAUGUAACACCAUAUUUAGCCAAAGAUGAUGACAAGGAGUAUUACUAUUACUUGAAUAUAUGUGGGCAAACUACUGCAGGUAACUGCAAGGACAGCACAGGUUUUAUUUCUUCUUGCCAAGUAAAACCUUCAACUAACCAGCRUAAAGUAGCAGGAAGAUUUGAGAAUCAAACCCUAAGAUAUUCUGAUGGGGAUCUCACUUUAAUUUAUCCAAAUGGGGAUGCAUGUAGUUCUGGCUUUCAGAGGAUGACUGUCAUAAACUUUGAGUGCAAUGAAACAGCAGGUAACGAUGGUAAAGGAUCUCCAGUAUUUGCUGGUGAAGUGGACUGCACCUAUUUUUUCACUUGGGAUACAAAAUAUGCGUGUAAAGAGGAAGAAGAUCUCCUUUGCAGAGUUGCUGAUGGGAGAAAACAUUAUGACUUAUCACCUCUGAUACGCAGUUCAGAGUUUGCCCAGAAUUGGGAAGCUGUGGACAGUAGCCUUUCAGAGGUGGGAAGGAAUCAUUAUUACAUCAAUGUCUGCCAUAAAGUGCUGAGGAAAGGAGGAGCUUCCAGCUGUUCAGAUGUUGCUGCUGUUUGUGCUGUAGAUAAACAAAAUGUGAGCAAGAAUCUUGGAACUUAUGCUUCUUCUCCUAAAAARGUUGGAGAAAAUAUUCAACUUACCUAUUUAAAUGGUGACACCUGUGGCAAUAACAAAAAAAUCAAAACUGUCAUCACACUUGUGUGCAGACCAGGUGAUCUAGAAAGUGCUCCUAUCUUAAUUUCUGAGAGUGCAUGUUCAUAUGCCUUUGACUGGUAUACUGCUGCUGCGUGUGUCCUGUCUAAAACCGAAGGAGAAAAUUGUCAAGUCUCUGAUUCUCAAGCAGGCUUCUCUUUUGACUUAUCACCGCUGACCAAGAAUGAUGGAUUCUAUGUGGUUAAUGCUACUGGAUACUUGUUCUAUAUAAACAUCUGUGGSAGUGUGCCAGAAGAGCUGUGUCACACCACAUCAGCAGCCUGCCAAGUAAUGCAGGGUACUGAUCAGUCUUGGAGUUUGGGACUGCCUAGUUCCAAACUGACCUAUUAUGAUGGGCUGAUUCAGCUGACCUACAGAAAUGGUACAGCAUACAAUGAUGAGAAGAAAACACAACGUGCUACCCUUAUAACUUUCCUGUGUGACCAUGAGGCUGGAAAAGGUCAACCUGAGUAUCAGGUAGAAGAUAACUAUACUUACAACUUCAGAUGGUACACUGAGUAUGCCUGUCCUGAAAUACCUCUGGAAUGUGUUGUGACUGAUCCCAACACCAUGGACCAGUAUGAUUUGUCAAGCUUAGCAAAAUCAGAAAGGAGAGGUGAGAACUGGUAUGCUAUGGACAACUCGAGACCAGGCGAGCGCAAGAAGUACUACAUAAACGUGUGCCGGCCCCUCAUUGCCGUGCCGGGCUGUGAUCGGCGGGCGUCCGUCUGCCAGAUGGARUAUCAGCACGAUCACGAUUCUUUCUCUGAAGUCACAUCUAUUAGUAACCUUGGUGUUGCCAGCAAAGAACUGGUAGUUGAAAGACCUGGUCACAUUUCUCUAACUUACACAAGUGGCUCUGUAUGCAAUGAUGCUGGUAGAAAUAAAACUUCUUAUAAUACCACUAUCCACUUCACCUGUUCCAGAGGCACUCUUAGUASCAGUCCACGCUUUAUAGCUAUUCAGGAAUGUGUGGCCACCUUCUUGUGGGAAACUGAAGCUGCUUGUCCAAUCAAGAAGACAAAAGAUGAUUCUCAGUCUUGUUCUGUGCGAGAUCCAAACAGUGGCUUUUUGUUCAAUCUGCAGCCAUURGCUACUGAAAAAGGCUAUAUGGCUAGUGGCAUUGGGAAGAAUUUCAUGCUAAACAUUUGUGGGCCCAUGCCAGAUUGUGGUAAAAUCAAUGGAAAACCGGCUGCUGGAUGUGAAGCUGAAAACAUGACGUCAGUGAGGACUGUGGAAUUGGACAAAACCCUGUAUCUGUCUGCUGAAGGGUUUCUAACUCUAACCUACAGAGGUCCUCUUAAUGUGCAAUUAGGAACAUCGGACACAUUCACCAUUACUUUCAUCUGUAAUGAUUCGUAUCCUGGGGAACUUAAGUUUGUGCGUGAAGAGAUAAACAGUGCACUGAACAUCCAUGAUACUUUCUUUGAGUUUCACACAGCUCUGGCCUGUGCUCCUGCUCCUGUAGAUUGCCAGGUUACAGAUGCUGCUGGCAAUGAGUAUGACUUAAGUGACUUGAGCAAAGAAGGUGAGCCGUGGAUUGCUAUAGACACUUCAAAGGAUGCAAGGAAGCGAACCUUCUUCUUGAAUGUUUGCAAGCCUUUGCCUUAUGUGCCUGGAUGCCCUGGUGGUGCAAUAGGAUCUUGUGUGAAAUACACUGAUAAAAGCAAGAACCUCGGUGUCAUUCAGAUAAAUCCUCAGGCUGCUACUGAUGGGUCUUUAAGCAUUAUUUACUUGAAUGGAGACACGUGCAAAGAUAACCAACGUUAUUCUACACGUAUAAUCUUCCAGUGUGAUCAAACAAUGGGAUCCCCAGUGUUUGAGCAAGAAGAUGACUGUGAAUAUGUAUUUGUCUGGAGAACCUUGGCAGCUUGUCCUGUUCACAAGGCAGAAGGAGAUAAUUGCCAGGUGAAAGAUCCAAGAUAUGGUCAUGUUUAUAAUCUGAAGCCACUUUCCAAUAAGGACAUAAAAGUGAGUACAGACGAGUACGACUACUACUUCAGAGUCUGUGGGGAGAUAUCAGAGUCUUGCAGACCAGGUGUUCAUGCAGUAUCGUCGUGCCAAGUAAAGAAGAUGGACAGCACUUUCAGAAAAGUAGCAGGAUUACAUACAGAUAAGCUGACAUUCAAAAAUGGUUUAAUAAUGAUAAAUUAUACUAGUGGAGAAAAAUGUCACAAGAUAUAUGAACGCUCAACAGCCAUAUUAUUCUACUGUGACAAGACUACAUCAGAGCCAGUCUUUUUGAAAGAAACUCCAGACUGCACGUACAUGUUUGAAUGGCACACACCAUAUGCCUGUCCACCUGUCAAAUCUGCUGAAUGUUCUUACAAGGACAAUGAAGGAAACUUCUACGAUCUUUCAUCUCUGACGCGGCAUAGAGAGAACUGGGAAGCUACAACUCUAUCUGCUUCUAAGCAUAAAUAUUACAUUAAUGUCUGCACAUCCUUAGUGCCAUAUCAUACUGCACGUUUCUGUCCUUCUGAUGCUGCUGCUGCUAUUAUGGAUGGUGCAAAAUGUACAAGUCUUGGAGAAGUGGCUGAUGGUCCACAGUGGGAAAAUGGCAUUUCUGUUCUGAAAUAUGUUAAUGGAGAGCAGUGCCCAGAUAAAAUUCGCAGGAAAACAACAAUAUUGCGCCUCAAGUGUGAUGAAGACAGAAUUGAGUCAAACCCAGAACUUAUAACGGCCAUUGAAGACUGUGAAUAUACCUUCUUAUGGUUCACGGCUGCUGCGUGUCCCCUGAAAAGCAACGUGCAGAGUGACUGCCGGGUAACCAAUCCUGCCACAGGCCACCUCUUUGAUUUGACGUCACUGAAGCGAGAGUCUGGCUACACAAUCUAUGAUUCACACAGCAGAAGAAUCGAGCUGAAUGUGUGUGCUGAAACUAAGAGUUUGUGUGCUAGUGGAGCAGGCGUUUGCAUCACUGCUGGCUCAAAAAUAAUUAAUGCAGGAAAAAUAAGCAAAACUUUAACCUAUGAAGAUCAAGUGUUAAAGCUUGUUUAUGAAGGUGGAGAUCCUUGCCCUGCAGACCCUAAUCUGAAGCAUAAAAGCUAUUUUAGCUUUGUUUGCAAGUCUGAUGCGGAAGACAGCUCUCCUGUUUUUCUAUCCCUUGAUGAGCAGACAUGCACUAACUACUUCUCGUGGCACACUUCCUUGGCUUGUGAAGAGGAGGUGAAGUGCUCAGUGUUGAAUGGGAGUUCCGUUAUUGACCUGUCUCCCCUGAUCCAUCGCACUGGAUACUAUGAGGCGUUUGUGGAUGAAGCUGCAAUGGAUGCUUCUCCAGACUUCUACAUCAAUAUUUGUGAGCCUCUCAAUCCUAUCAAAGAUGUUGAUUGCCCACCUGGAGCAGCUGUUUGCAUGGUUCCCGUUAGUGGGCCGCCAAUAGAUAUUGGUCGUAUUACUGAAGCUCCCAAGAUAAAGGAGGCAGUGAAUGAAGUGUACAUCACUUACAACAGCACUACUCCUUGCCAGUUAAAUGACAAAUUGAAUUAUACUUCUCUCAUUGUGUUUCACUGCCGCCAAGGAACUAAUCUGGGCAAGCCAAAGAUGAUAAGGAAACUUGACUGCAAUUUUGUGUUUGAGUGGGAAACUCCAGUUGUGUGUCCUGACCAAGUGAAAACUUCUGGUUGCUCUGUGACUGAUGAGCAAUUACACUACACUUUCAACUUGACCAGCCUUUCUGGAAGAUCAUAUAAGGUGCUUUCUGAAUCCAGCAGUUACCAUGUUGGUGUGUGCAGUAAGGCAGCAGACACCUCCCAGGGGAAGUGCAAAGAUGGAGCUGUCUGUCUGAUCUCUGGAAAUGGCGUGUCAUCCUUUGGAAGCGUAAAAGAAAUGAAAAUGGACUACAGCCAUCAGGAUGAAACAGUCAUCUUGCAGUAUACAGGUGGUGACAGGUGCCCUCCAGUGACUGAAAAAGGGGAGGUUUGUGUCUUCCCCUUCAAGUACAAAGGGAAGAGUUAUGAGGAAUGUAUUACAGAAGAAAAGUCCAGACCUUGGUGCGCUACAACUGAGAACUACCUGGGAGAUGAAAAGUGGGGAUUUUGUGGCAGUGCUACUGGGAAAAGGGAAUCUACCAUUAUCUUCACGUGUGAUGAGAAUGCUGGCACUGGGAGUCCUCGCCUUCUGAGCGAGACACUUGGCUGUGCUGUGACAUUUGAAUGGAGGACACAGGCUGUGUGUCCUCCUAAGAAGAUGGAGUGCAAGUUUGUACAUAAGCACAGAACUUACGACUUGAGAAUGCUCUCUUCCCUGACAGGAUCUUGGAUCUUUUUCCACAAUGAAAACUCGUACUACAUGAAUCUUUGUCAGAGGGUGCAUGAAGGACCCCCAGGCUGCCCUGAAAGAGCCAGUAUUUGUAGAAAAAGCAGCAACGGAGACAUUCAAGUUCUUGGACUUGUUCAUACACAGAAACUGAAUGUAACAGAUGAUACGGUGUAUAUCAGUUAUUCCAGUGGGCAGGAAUGCUGGAAAAACAAGAAAGUAAUGACAGUUAUAAAAUUGAAGUGUGCAAAAACAGUGGGUAUGCCUAUGUUACAGAGGAUUGAUGAAGAGAACUGUGUUUACUACAUCACUUGGGACACACGGGCUGCUUGUGCUGUUAAGCAGCAGGAGGUGGAGGUAGUGAAUGGAACAGUUAUUAAUCCUGUAACCGGGAAGAACUUUUCUUUGGGGGAUGUUUAUUACAAGUUGUACACGGCCUCUGGUGACAUAAGAACAAAUGGUGACAAGUAUGUGUAUGAAAUUCAACUUUCUGGUAUAAGAAACUCAAGUUUCCUGGAGUGUGCUGGAGCAAACAUCUGCCAAGUUAAAACUAAUGAACGUCGCUUUCGGAAAAUUGGUUCUUCCAGGAAAGCUAAAUAUUAUGUUCAAGAUGAUGACUUGGAUGUCACAUUUUCUUCAGACUCUAGAUGUGGUAAAGAUAAGUCGAAGUUUGUCUCUUCAACCAUUUUCCUCCACUGCACUCAAAGAGCAAAAGAAGGCAUCCCUGAAUUCCUUCAUGAGACGGCAGAUUGUCAGUAUUUAUUUACCUGGUACACAUCUGCUGUGUGUCCAUUAAUAUCAACAAGUAUUCCAGGAAGUCAUGAGGGCCAAUCUGAUCAAGAAGCCCAGAUACAUAAAGGCCUUUCAAGGAGAAGUCAAGCUGUUGGUGCUGUGCUUAGUGUCCUUCUAGUUAUUCUCACUGCCUGCUUAAUAAUCUUGCUGUUCUACAAAAAGGAGAGGAGGGAAAUUGUAAUAAACAAGAUAACCAACUGUUGCAGAAGAACAUCAGGAGUUUCCUACAAAUACACAAAGAUAAACAGUGAAGAGGAAGCUAAUGAGCAUGAAACGGAGUGGCUUAUGGAGGAAAUCACAGYGCCAAAUCAAAGAACAGCAAAGGGAGGGCAGGAAAAUGGUCACAUUACCACUAAGUCUGUUACAUCCGAAGCUUUUACAUCUCUCCAUGCUGAUGAUCUGGACAGUGAGGAUGAAGUGUUAACAAUUCCAGAUGUAAAGAUUCAGUCAGGAAGAGGGAUAGACAAGAGCAAGCAUCCACGAAAGAAGGUGCCAAGCCUUGACUUACUGAAUGGGGGAAAGGAUAGGAAAGUAAAAGCCAACCCAGGCCAACAGGCACAGAACUCUACAAACACAGUAUCAUUUCAUGAUGAUAGUGAUGAGGACUUGUUGAAUGUUUAAUACCCCCUUCUUGUGCCUAAACAAAUAUAGAGAGAUUAUAUAAUGGGACAACACUUCCAACCAAAUACAAGGACUUCAGCCUGAAAAGAUUUUUUUUUUUUUUGAAUUUUGCCUUUAACAAGAAACCAUUGAAAAGGGAUGAAGAAAAAUGUGUUGGUGGUUUACAAUGAUCUGUUCGGUAACGACUGGGUUUUUAGCAUCCAGUUGGCUGAGUUGUGUUGACUCUCUCUAGCCAGGACAGGGAUUUUCUGCUUGUUUUCUUUUAAGCCUUAGCAUAGACAUUAAAUGCUUGUUUAAAAGAAGAACCYAUCAAAGAACAGGAUUAAAUCCAAACGAAGCCCAUGGCUCCUGAGAUUCAAAUUAUCUGACUACUAGCAUUUUAACUCCUUGUAUUUAUUGAUCCUCACUACUCAGGUUUAUUCUUCCUGCCGGCAGGGUAUUAUUCUAUGGGUUCACCCAUUGUGUGACAAGGAAAAAUAUAACUUUUGUGAGUUGGGAUGAUUUGAUGUAAAUUUUAGAACCCGUCUAACUUAUCCUGUAAAUUUGAAUAUCCAUUCUAAUUUAAACAGAUCAUUGAUUCAAAGGUGUUGACUGAAAGGUACAACUCUGUAUAGCUUUAGCCUGAAAUGAUUGCUGUUCUUUGCAUGAUAUUUUUGGUACUGGUUAUAUGACUGACUUCUCAGUAUUUGCCUAAGCAGCUGAUAAGCACCCAAAGAUUUUUUUUUUCCACUAAAUUAUGGCUGGACUAUAUGCAAGAGAACCAGAGUUUCAAGACCAGAGAGGCAGAAUUCCUGGCAUGCAGCCUGCGCUGCCCAGUUUGUCAUCACCAAGAAAAGCCUAACAACUAGAGGAGCCUUAAUCUACGCAUCAUCUAUYCAGUACAAAUUGUGAGAAAAAU